AGCUUUACGUGCAUGACAGCUGGUGCGACCGUCACAUUUAGUUGCUGUAAACUCAUUUGGUGCUGCUUUCUGCAUUGACAAGCAAACUUGCAGUCAUCGAGACGGACUGAAAAUGCUCUCCUACAUCAUCGGUCUGAUCAGAGGCGGCUUUGACAGCAUCAUCAACCUCAUCUUCAGACUUCUCUUCUCAAAGAGGAGACCUGCCAUCACCUUAGAGGACCCCAACAUUAAGUAUGCACUGCGGCUGAUAGACAAACAGAUCGUCAGCCAUGACACAAGGAGGUUCCGCUUCGCCCUGCCGUCUCCUGAGCACGUCCUCGGUCUCCCAGUCGGGCAGCACAUCUAUUUGUCUGCAAAAGUCGACGGUAAACUGGUCGUCCGUCCGUACACGCCGGUGUCCAGUGAUGACGACAAAGGCUAUGUGGACUUGGUGGUGAAGGUUUACUUUAAAGGUGUCCAUCCAAAAUUCCCUGAGGGUGGGAAGAUGAGUCAACACUUGGAGAGCCUCAAGAUCAACGACACUAUUGACUUUAGAGGACCCAGCGGCCUUCUUGUUUACAAAGGCAAAGGACUUUUCGACAUUCAGCCAGAUAAAAAGUCCCCAGCUGUGACCAAGACGGCCAAACAUGUGGGCAUGAUUGCUGGAGGGACAGGGAUCACUCCCAUGCUGCAGCUCAUCACAGCAGUGAUGAAGGAUCCAAAGGACCAGACCGUGUGUCACCUGCUGUUUGCCAACCAGACUGAGAAAGACAUCCUGCUGCGGCCUGAGCUGGAGGAGAUUGAGGUGAACAACCCGGACCGGUUCAAGCUGUGGUUCACCGUCGACAGGGCGCCUGACAACUGGGAGUACAGCCAGGGCUUCAUCAGCGAGGACAUGAUCAGAGAACACCUGCCUCCUCCCGGCGACGACACCCUCAUUCUGAUGUGUGGACCGCCGCCGAUGAUCCAGUUCGCCUGCAACCCCAACCUGGACAAAGUGGGCCACUCCGAGGGCCAGAGGUUCACCUUCUAGACUCACAAAGAAGGUUAGGUUGGGAAUGAGGAGCGCUUGAUUAUUAUUAUCUCCCCAAAAGCAUUAAAGCACUCGUAUAGUUGCAGUGGGAAUUGCACUAUGUAUACAGCAUAUUUAUGCCAUGAUAUUCAUCAUGCAACAGAAUCACAGCACGGACCAAUUCAUGUUAGUAGUAAGUGUCUUGGAAGGGAAAAUGGCGGAUGUUUGGGCUUGUUUAGGAUUAAAGUUGAGUAUGUGGAGUUGGAUCUUGGAGUUGGAAAAAGGAUAGCUAGACAUUUUUUCAUGUCGUCGGUUCAGAACAUUAGGAUGUGAUUCCAGAUCUGUUGCAGUCAAACCCACUGUCCUGCUGUGGCCUCACUUUGGUUUCAGUAUCAGAGGAGUUGAGGUUUACUGGCUGCUUUCUGAGUGCCUUAAACACUUGCAAAGCUUUUUUUUUUUAUGCACAGUAAAAGAGUUAUGACCACUUGUUCCAUUUAUACGGAAUCAGUUAUUCCAUUUAUGGCUGUUGGGAAUGUGUUAGCUAUCUGCCGUCUACCUGUUGUCCGGCUGUGUCGAUAUUGUUACAUCAAAGAUGUCUAUAUUUUGCUAAAACGUGUUCAGUGAUUUGUUGAAGGUGAUGUGGUUACUGAUACGAUGUCUUUGCUGCAAGUCUGGCAACAGUGGCUGCUCGUGUUUGGAUAUGCACCAUAAACAUCAACUGCUCUUGAAUUAUUGGCGCUUUGAUUUUUGAUUUCUUGUACUCUGAUGUCCCCCACACUCGUCAGAAACUGAAAUCCUCAUUUGCAAGUGCUGGAUAAUAACUGUGUUGUUGUGUCUCCCUUGACCGAAGCAAGAUGCUGCUGAGAGUAAAGACGGGGAAAAAAAAUGCAUUCUGAUUUUUAUUACCAAAAAUUUAAAAACACAACAUAGAAUAAAACCAUAAUUUUGGUUUGCAGGAAAAUAGAGAUUUGGCUAAAUGUUUGUAGAAGCAGUGACUUUGGUUCCCAUGUUUACUUUUCAUUCAUGUUUCUUUUCUUAAAGUUACAGUUCAACAUUUUGGGAAACGUGCGGCUUUGCUUUCUUGCCGAGCGUCAGAUUGGAGGAUUCAUACCCUCAUAUCUGUCCAGUAGAUGUGAACCUACAGGAGAUGGUAAGCUUAGCUUAGCAUAGAGACUGGAAACAGGGGGAAACAGCUAGCAUAGUGUAAAAAGACACAUACCUGCACCUCUAAAUCUCACUAGCAGGCAUCUCGUUUGUGUAAUCUGCAGAAAAACAAAUGUAAUAACAGUGAUUUUUUUUUUUUUAGGAACAGUCACAUGCUGUAACUGUUUUUGUGGUGAGCAGCGUUUGGAUUAAACAAGUUUCUCUACCAGUUUCCAGUCUCAAUCAUCUCCUGUUCUUCACAUUUAAAGCACAGACAGAGUGGUGUCGGUCCUCUCACCUAAUUCUUGGUGAGAAAGCAAAUAAGCACAUUUCUCAAAAUGUUGAACAGUUCUCUUUUUGUUCCCUCUAGCGAUAUGUGGCAACAAACAGUUUUGGUUUUGACAUAUCUGCCUGCCUCUGAGAUUUGUCUUAGCCCCAAUACUGUGAACGGGAUCAUGUGUGUUUGGUGCUUACAGCUUUGAAAGGCGGCAGCAUCUGUCCAGUGGCAGUGUCCAAGGCGAUACACACAGAUCUGUUUACAUAAAAACUACUUCUUCAGUAGAAAGUGAUUCCAAUACAAGUGGUUAUAUGGAGGGUAACUGGACACUUUCUGGAAAGAUACGGAGCUGUAUUUCUUUUUUUUUUUUUUUUUUUUUUUUUUAAAGCCACAGUGUUGGAGACAAAUCUCAGAGUCCUGAGCAAAUAAAACCAGAACUAUGUUUGCAGCUCCAUAUCACUAGAAACAGAGAAGACAUAAAGCAACUUUACGUACCACAAAUAAAAAUGAAUCUGACUGAUCAGCUGUGGACGUGAAAACUUGAGAGCUACACUCAAGAGAGGAAUAACAGCCUUUAAAAUAAGGGGAAAGAAACAAACACCUAAAAUAUGCUGAAAACACAAAUGCUUGAGUAAUGAUAAAUGUAAAAAGAGGUACAUUAAUGCAAUAAAAUCUUGCAUUUUCAGUUCAUGCAUUAUAUUUGACAGCUUCAAUAAAUAUAUAUAUGGUCA